GGACACCAAGAGACAGGAUUUUGAUAAUUCGUUAUUUCCUGUUAAAAACAUGUUAAACAACAUUUAGGUAUUACUCACGCUAGUCUCAGCUCUCUAUGACCUCUUUUUCUUCUGGGUAGUUUUGGUGUCUUCCUUUGGGGAUACCGGAAGUUUCACCCGCAGCCUACAGGCGAAGAGUUACUAAAAAAAGAAUUGCUUGUCCACUUUUAUUACUUCCCCUAGGGCAAGACACUAAGAAAGCAAGAGGAAAACCAGAAGCCAGUGUAACUUCUGAAUAGACGUUUGCCAGAGGCACUUUGCAACAAAUUGAACAUGGGAAGUUUACAAUAUGUCUAACUUAAAUUUUCUGAGAAAUGUGCACACAGAUAGGUACUGCUUGUCUUAAAAGCAGUAGUAGGUACAAGUAAUAAUUUACGGAAGUUUCGCCGGAGACUAUCAAAGCAUAGGAUUUGGGGAAACCAGACAGAAUAUGGGUCAGCUGGGAAGAAUGGUGAAGGGUGACCAGGAAGGAGAGCAUUUACUGGGCAGAGGAGGAGAGGGCAUCCCGGGUAGUGAGGUCAUCAUAUUCAAGGACAGUGGCAUACAGUUGGAGAGGGUGGAGGGGUUCCGUGGUGUGAGGACAGAGCUAGGGGAUGGCCAGUUUUAAAUAAUAACCUCUGAAGCAUUUCAGCACUAAGUCCUAGGCUUUCAGUUGGAAAUAAGUCAUUAAAAACAUGCUAGUAUUUUACUCUUACUGUUUCAAAAGCUUUUAAAGGAAGGAAUGGUGUUGAACUCUGAGAUUACUCUUUCGAUUCUGUUGAGUUGGUCUGGUGUUAAAUUCUGUUGAACUUGGACUUUGUGCUUAUCGAUUGAGAAAUUUUCUUUUUACCAUUUCUUGUGCCAUGCAGGCCAGGUUUUGAUAUCAUGGAAUGCUUGCUUUGGAAUAGUUUUUAGGAAUUACCUGUUACAGAAAUAUUUGAAAGAGGUCACGUGGACCUGCUGGUCUUCUAUUUUUGUAAUUAAAAGUUGCCUUUUAAAUACAUUUCUUUCCUUAGACUUCCAUGAGUGUUAAAUCACCAGUUACUGUGAUGUCAAGAAAUAAUCCAGAAGCAUCUACAUGUAAAAUGGCAGAGCCAUUUAAUUUUGAGAAAAAUGAAAGCAAGCUUCCACUACAUGAUUCUCUAAGAAGUCCUGGAGGACAUCCUAAUCAUCCUAAUUUCAGGUUGAAAAGCCCAGAGAAUGGAAAUAAAAAGAACAAUUUUUUGCUUUGUGAGCAAACCAAACAGUACUUGGCUAGUCAGGAAGAUAAUUCAGUAUCUUCAGACUCUAAGGGCAUCAGCGGAGAAGUGAUUGGAUCCAAAGGAGACAGGAAGACUUUCCCAACAGGGAAUUCAGUAUCACCAUUAACUGUCGGAAAUAAUUCACCACCCAAAGACGUUAAUGCUAAGCCUAGCAAUAAUGUGCCUCCUGCAAAGUCAAAAAAAAUGCACAAGCUGGUUGAGAAUUCCUUGUCCAUAAACAAUCCAGCACUCUUCAGCUCCUUAGGACCUCCUCUUCGGUCCACAACUUGCCAUCGCUGUGGCCUGUUUGGAUCACUGAGGUGCUCACAGUGCAAACAGACAUACUAUUGCUCCAUAGCAUGUCAGAGGAGGGACUGGUCAGCACACAGCAUCGUGUGCAAACCUGUGCAGCAAAAUUUCCACAAACCUGAAGACAGUAAAUCACCUUUUGAAACAAGGAACAUGGAAGUGAAAAAUGAGAGUGACUAUCCACUUGGAGUUGCUAAAGAAAUAGCCCUUUGUGCUGAGAAAAUAAUGUCUUCUGAGUUGAGAAGUCUACAGCUCAGGAAAACUAUGGAAAUAAAGGGCACAGUUACUGAAUUCAAACACCCAAGUGACUUUUAUGUGCAGUUAUAUUCUUCAGAAGUUUUAGAAUACAUGAACCAACUUUCCACCAGCCUAAAAGAAACAUACGCAGAUCUGCUUGAAGAAGAUUAUAUUCCUGUUAAGGGGGAAGUUUGUGUCGCCAAGUACACUGUUGAUCAGACCUGGAACAGAGUAAUAGUACAAGAUGUUGAUGUGCUGCAGAAGAAGGCACACGUCCUAUAUAUCGAUUACGGCAAUGAAGAAAUAAUCCCUGUCAACAGAAUUCACCAACUAAGCAGAAACAUUGACUUGUUUCCUCCUUGUGCCAUAAAGUGCUUUGUGGCCAAUGUGAUCCCAGCAGAGGGGAACUGGAGCAACGAUUGUAUCAAAACUAUCAAACCACUGUUGAUGGAGCAGUACUGCUCUGUAAAGAUUGUCAACAUCUUACAAGAGGACGUGCUUACCUUUGGCGUAGACGUUAAGCUGUCAAGUUCAGGAAAACCUUUAGACCGUGUGCUUGUAGAAAUGGGAUAUGGCUUGGAACCCAAGAAGCAAGGUACAGAUCAAAAUGAUUCUGAAGAUGCUGGAAAAAUAAUAGCCGAAGACAAAAUUGUUGUAGACAGAAGUGACUUAAUCCCAAAAGUGUUAACUUUGAAUGUAGGGGAUGAGUUUUGUGGUGUGGUUGCCCACAUUCAAACUCCAGAAGACUUCUUUUGUCAACAACUACAAAGUGGCCAUAAGCUUGCUGAACUUCAGACAUUGCUUAGUGAAUACUGUGGUCGAUUGUCUCCGCGCUCUGAUUUUUUUCCAACCAUUGGCGAUAUCUGUUGUGCUCAGUUCUCAGAGGAUGAUCAGUGGUACCGUGCCUCUGUUUUGGGUUAUGCUUCUGAAGACUCUGUAUUGGUUGGAUAUGUAGAUUAUGGAAACUUCGAAAUUCUCAGUUUGACAAGACUUUGUCCCAUAAUUCCAAAGUUGUUGGAACUACCAAUGCAAGCUAUCAAGUGUGUGCUGGCAGGAGUAAAGCCAUCAUUAGGAAUUUGGACUCCAGAAGCCAUUUGUCUGAUGAGAAAAAUUGUACAGAACAAAAUGAUCACAGUGAAAGUGGUGGACAAGUUGGAAAAUAGUUCUCUGGUGGAGCUUAUGGAUAAGUCUGUGAAGCCUAACGUCAGUGUUUCUAAAGUUCUAAUAGAGGCAGGCUUUGCCAUGGGAGAAAACGAAAGAGUGACAAAUAAAGCCAGCGACAUGAAAGAAGCCAGUGUUUCUUUGGGUGUGGAAACAAAAACAAAUCCGUCGGAGUGGACAUGGGUUGAACUUGCUGUUGACCAAACAGUAGAUGUUGUUGUCUGUAUGGUAUAUAGCCCUGGAGAGUUUUAUUGCCACGCACUCAAAGAGGAUGCUUUAAAUAAACUCAAUGAUUUGAACAAAUCACUAGCAGAGUAUUGCCAGCAGAAGUUGCCUGAUGGUUUUAAGGCAGAAAUAGGGCAGCCUUGUUGUGCUUUUUUUGCAGGUGAUGGUAAUUGGUAUCGCGCUUUAGUCAAGGAAAUCUUACCAAAUGGGAAUGUUAAAGUACAUUUCGUGGAUUAUGGAAACAUUGAAGAAGUUACUGCGGAUGAGCUUCGAACAAUCUCAUUGAAAUUUUUAAAACUUCCAUUCCAAGGAAUACGGUGUUGGUUAGUAGAUAUACAGCCUAAAAACAAACACUGGACUAAAGAAGCCAUAGCAGGAUUUCAGACGUGUGUCGCAGGGAUAAAACUCCACGCCAGAGUGGUUGAAAUCACCGAAGAUGGGGUGGGAAUUGAACUCACUGAUCUUUCCACUUCUUAUCCCAGAAUAAUUAGUGAUGUUCUCAUUGGUGAAGAUCUGGCUUUAACAGCUGGUUCACCACCUAAAGACUUGCCAAGUAACAGACCUGUUAGUAAAUGUGAUCUUCAAAUUGAUGCCCAGGGACCUCAAGCCGUCUCUUCAGCUGAGCAAUGGAAGACGAUAGAAUUUCCAGUUAAUAAAACUGUUCAAGCAAACAUCUUAGAAAUCAUAAACCCAAACUUGUUUUAUGCUUUACCAAGUGAGAUGCCAGAAGAUCAGGAAAAACUCUGUACGUUGACGGUCGAAUUGUUAGAAUAUUGCAGUGCUCAGAAAAGCCCGCCAUCCUGCAGUCCCAGAGUUGGAGAUGCGUGCUGUGCCAAAUACACAAGUGAUGAUCUCUGGUACCGUGCCAUUGUUCUGGGGACAUCAGACACUCAUGUGAAAGUGCUGUAUGCGGACUAUGGAAACAUUGAAACUCUGCCUCUUUCCAGAGUGCAGCCCAUCACCGCCAGCCACCUGGAGCUUCCUUUCCAUAUUAUUAAAUGUUCACUCGAAGGACUAAUGGAAUUGAAUGGAAGCUGUUCUCAAUUAAUAAUAGAGCUAUUGAAGAAUUUCAUGUUGAAUCAAAAAGUAAUGAUUUCUGUCAAAGGAGUUAAGGAGAAUGUCCAUACCGUGUCAGUUGAGAAGUGUUCAGAGAACGGCCCUGUUAACCCAGCUGAUAAGCUGGUGACGUAUGGUCUGGCCCACAGCAGCCCAUCUACGAAGCAAGGUGUUUUUAAUAAAGAGAAGCUGGGCAGGGUGAACUGCUGCUGCGCAGAGUUACAGAAACAAAAACAGUCUCUCUUGAAGAUAAACGCUUAUGAGAAAGGAAGCAGCAAAGGCCAGACUUAGGAAAGUAUAGCAUCUUGUGUUUUUGUUUGUUGGAGCCUUUUGUCUGGUUUUUAUUUCAAUUAAUUCCCUUUAUGCCUCCAUUUUCCUUGCCUACCACUCUUCCAUUAGGUUAGUUGUUCCCCCCCUCCCCAAGUUCCUCCCCUAAAAUAACCAAGUCUUCCGUAAAAGAUUCAUACCAACUUUGUGGGAAUACCAGGACGACUACGCAGGG